GCCGAGAAACAAAAAUGAAAGUACAAGAUUAAAAUGAAAGACAAGAGGCUGACGACUAUGGAGAAAAGGUUAUGGAACCAAUUCUGCCAGGCGGACCCCCGCAUUACCUUCGGGAAAUACUCCUCCUUGGAGAAAGAGAUCCUGCGUCUAGGUGGCACUCACACCGUAGCAACAAGAAAGUUCCUGGCUCACAAGCAAGAGGAAGAACGGAAGAUGCUCAUGGAGCUACAGCUGCUGUCUCCAGACUAUGCCCAGGCAAUGGAAUGCAACAGACGACGUCCCAUUCCUUGUCUGGCGUGUGGACCCCCAGAAAAAGUGUGGACAGCACGGGUGAUCGUGUCCCCCGAGGAGUUUAGAAUGCCCCAGCGCGAGAAGAUCACCAUCUACAAGCACAUUGAAAGGAUGCAGCUGGCCCGAGCCCUGAGAAAUAAGCAGCUUUUAACCUACGUUGAAAGGCUCAGGGGCUCCUCCGUCCUCUCCAGAGGGGUCCUGAGCCCAACAGCAAAAGACAAAGCCCGACAAAAGCAGGGCAGCUGCGGCAAGGCCAGGCCGGAAGAUGAGGAGGCGGCGCCCAGAAGCCCCAGGAAGCAGGAGAUGCAGGUGAACGUAGCUUUCAAGUCAGAAGAACCCAAGCAAUGUUUUGUGUGCCAACCAAAGGAUUGCAAAUCAUUCUUCCCCAGAAUAAAAGCAGAAAGAUCCAUCGCAGGCCAAACGAAUCGGAACCUUGUGCCCUUGGCGGAGUUCCCCGGAGACCUCAUGCUCAUGAACCAGGAUUUCGUGUCGCGGGGCAUCAACCCCUGUGAUGUGACCCGGACCUGCUCCCUGGGAGAAGAGCACCUCUGGAAUGGGCAGGCUGGCAAGGCUGCUCCUUAUAAUUAA